GUGGGGUAGCUUGGCCCGUAGUAAGGGGGGGUUAAAACUUAAAACCAACAAACCAUCCAAUUUAUCAUCAAGAAAACUAGGAUUUAGUUGCAACAAAAUUUAACCAACUAAAUUUAAUUAUCUACAAUCCAACGGAUCCUCCACAGUGGUUCUAUUUUUAUGAAAUCUCACGGACGUUGCGGCUGAAGUGGUGCGGAUGCGGCUGCAUGUUGCGCUCCAAUACCAUGUGGAAGAACAUGUUUGAGAGUGAAGAAUGAGAGUUCCUCUCUCUAUGGAUUCUGGGUUCAGGAAGGAGGAAGAGAAAAGGUUAGGGCCUUUAGAAGGUAACUCUCAAUUGAUGAGAAAUCUAU